GCGAGUUUUUACUGAAGGGGAGCAUGAUGCUUUGGGAACGACUUUUUGGAUAUGGGUCGGUCGUUCCUCAUUUUUCUGGUCGCUGUACUUUGGGCAGUUGAAUGUGCCGUAAUAUCAACUAAAGAACCUUUAGGUUCAGGUUCCUGCAGGGAUUUCGGACAGGAGUUUGAGCGGACGUUCUCGAUCCCGGGUGAAGUGGCGAUACUGGAGUGCCCACUGCAGAUGCAUUAUCUCUUUAAUCCUGCAGAUACGGCGUACAGCGUCACAUGGUACGAUGAGAGAACGGGCUCUGAGAUCACAGAGCUGGAGCAGAGCGUCAUGCUCAAGAAAACACAAGUGUGGUUCUUCAACGUCACCAUGCAGCAGCAAGGAAAGUACACAUGUGUGGUCAGGACUGUAAAUGAGUGCUACAAACAGGCGACGGGGCUGGUGGUGUCCAAAAUGACAUCGGAAAACUGUGAGAGACCUCAGAGGGGAGUCCAGCGGAUCAGAGCUCAUGUGAAUGAUCUCCUCGCCUGCCCUCUGAGGAGGUAUUUAAAGAGUGUGGACAGUCCGUCCAUCCAGUGGUACAAGAACUGCAAGCUCCUUCAAGAAAAUGAGAAAUUUGCUCCACAUAAAGAUAUGCUCAACAUACGCAAAGUACAUCUCGAUGACGCCGGAUUUUACACCUGCAAAAUGACCUUUCGUUUAGCUGGAGUUAUCCGUGAAAUGGCCGAAACUAUAGCGUGUGUAGUGAACGAUGAGUAUUUAAUGAAACCACGAGUGAUCGAGCCUGUUAAUGAGAUCAUCAAAGUGGAGAGGGGUUCAUCCUUCAGGAAAGACUGCAUCUUCGAAGUUCAGGGCAAAGGCAUUCCCAUGGUUGACGUGAUCUGGAAAGUCCUGCUGGAGUCUGAAGAGGAGUUAAUCUCCCGAAACACGUCACAUCGCGUUCAUCAGGAACCCAUGAAUGAAAGGCAGAUGGAGGAUGGCUAUCGUAUUGUGCGAACGCUCUCGCUGUCUGCCGUAUCGGAGGAGGAUUUCUAUUUAAACUUCACCUGUAUGGCAUCCAGCAGCCGAGGACAUCCGAGCGCUCAGAUCACACUCGUCCCUGCAGAUCCGAACAUUUUCUUGCUUCUUGGUCUUCUCCUGGGCUCGGUGGCAUUGCUCUUCGUGACGGGUGUGCUUCUGUGCACCAUAUUCAAGGUGGAGCUGGCCUUGUGGGUCAGGACUGUGUUUCAAUUCCUCUACAAAACCACAGAUUGUGAUGGUAAGCAGUAUGAUGCAUACAUCGCCUAUCCCAGAGUCCUCGAGGGCUCAAGCGAAAAGGCUGAGAUUUUUGCAAUGAGCACUUUGCCGCAGGUUUUGGAGGGCCAGUACGGUUAUAAGCUGUUCAUCCUGGGCCGGGACGGCCUGCCUGGGGAAGCUGUGGUGGAUGUGGUGCAGGACGCUCUGAGCUGCUGUCGCAGACUACUGCUGCUCUACACGGCGUCGUCGCUCUGCAGCCCGGAGGCGCAGGAAUGGGCCGAGCAGCAGACGGGUCUGUACCGAGCGCUGGUGGAGAACUCCAUGAGGAUCGUGCUGCUGGAGCUGGAGGAGAUCCGCCAGCCGCUGCGCCUGCCUCACUCCGUGCGCCUCCUCAAGGACAAACAGGGAGCUCUGCAGGCCUGGAAGAGACGGAAGAGGUGGGCCUUCUGGGAUGGGAAGUCAGAGGAGCGUGUGACCUCUCUGGAGCCCUCGGCGCACUUCUGGAGGGAGGUGCGCUACCAUAUGCCUGUCAGAGGCAAAGCUAAACAGAGAAACUUUAGUUUCUAGAUGAACACUAAAUGUGAGUACUCCGGGUCAAGUUGUAAAGUUCCCGGAUGAAUCAUAACAACGCAGUCUUUUUUUGUUGUUGUUGUUUCUGAGGAGAAAAACUAGACAAAACGAGGCCAAAAAAAGAGAAAUGAAUAUUUUUAUUCAUCAAGGAUGCAUUAAAUCGAUCAAAAGUGACAGUU